CUACAUGUGCUGGCGACAGAACAAAUCGAGGCACACAAGACAUCGCAAACCCGUCCGAGCAGCUCCACGUCCACGCGAGUGAUAAUGACGGCCCCGUGCAUGUGCUCUCACAAUUUCAUUCCUUGAGACGCGUCGUUUCAUUGAAGGACCACUGCUCUUCCCACACUGACAUUUGGUGAUAAUGAUGAAAUAAACCGCUUCCUGUGACCACUCAACCCUCCACGAACCGUCUCAAGACCCGCAGCUUUGCCCCCCCCCCCCGUCAAAAGUUCAAAAAGUGACUCUGCCCCCCCCCCCGUCCUCCACGAGCCCUUUUUAGCCAACUAGAAAAGACGUUCCACCCCUCGGCCCCUUGUUUCGCGUUAUCAAAUGCCCAAAAACGGCAAAGCCGUCAAGAGAGAGCUUGACGACGAUGUCACGGAGUCCGUCAGGGACCUGCUUUCCAACGAGGACGCCUGCGACGACUCCUUCAAGAAGAGCUCUCUGAUCGUCGGCGACCAUGGCGGGGACGGGAAAGAGUGCGACGUGGAGGAGGGGGGCUCGCACGGAGAGGAGGAAGAGGAGGAGGAGGAGGAGCGCCCGGCCUGGAACAGCAAGCUGCAGUACAUCCUGGCCCAGGUGGGCUUCUCCGUGGGCCUGGGUAACGUCUGGAGGUUCCCCUACCUGUGCCAGAAGAACGGAGGGGGAGCCUACCUGGUGCCCUACCUCAUCCUGCUGAUUCUGAUCGGCAUCCCGCUCUUCUUCCUGGAGCUCGCCGUGGGACAGCGCAUCCGCCGGGGCAGCAUCGGGGUGUGGAACUACAUCAGCCCUCGGCUGGGGGGCAUCGGCUUCGCCAGCUGCAUGGUGUGCUUCUUCGUGGCGCUCUACUACAACGUCAUCAUCGGCUGGAGCCUCUUCUACUUCUCGCAGUCCUUCCAGCAGCCUCUUCCGUGGCACGAGUGUCCGCUCGUCAAGAACAAGACCAGCACGUAUGUGGAGCCGGAGUGCGAGAAGAGCUCGGCCACCACCUACUACUGGUACCGCGAGGCCCUGAACAUCUCCGACAACAUCUCCGAGGGCGGGGGGCUCAACUGGAAGAUGACGGUGUGCCUGCUGAUCGCCUGGUCCAUGGUCUGCCUCGCCAUGAUCAAGGGAAUCCAGUCUUCUGGGAAGCUUAAUGUAGCCGAGCUGACAGCAGCGUGACUAGCGUCCAGAAGGAUUAGCCCACCGGCUAAAGGCUGAGCUGCUCCUCUUCUUCUUUUACAGGUGAUCUCUGCCGUUCCACACUUUCGCAUGUCACAUGGCGAGCAUUAGCCGGGGCACGUCCGAGGUCACAGUCGAGCUUGCGCUAAUUGGAAGAAGGAUCGCACUUUUUAAUCUUCCAGGAAUGAGCUCCGAUGGGGAAGUCGUUUGAUUUUGGUCUUAUCCUCCAGGGCUAGUUUGUGUCAAAAUGAAUACAGUAUAUUUCAUGGAUGCCAGUUUUAUUUGGUCUACAAAAUAAGUGGCGUCUCACGGAAUUUCAAUCAACUUAACGCAAUGAAAUGAGUCCUUGUAACGGGGCCAAAAUCACGGAGAAUUAACGCCCAGCUCUGUGGCUCAUUUGGGCCGUUAAGCUUCUUUUAGCUCAUUAUUUUGGUUUCAUGGCACAUUUACCGUCUCUGCUGCUUUCAUCCACUGCUGUACGCAGCUGUUUAAGACACGACGGCUCUGAAUCCAACACCAAACCGUAGAGUUCCAAGCUAGCAAUUGGCCGGUGAAGAAAGUGUAACAUUUAGCAGUGGCAUCAAUCGAGCUAAAGAAAAUAUUGAAUAUGAACGUCUGUUUUGCUACUUCGCUAACAGUGUUAACCUUGAGGGGAAUGCCUGUGUGUCCGCGCCAUGGGGGGAAUUCUAGCUCGCUUUAUUAUACCGAUGUAUGCAAGUGUUUUUCUGAUAAGGUUUCAAUCAAUUAUUUGAUUGGAUAUAUAGAAAUUAUUUGAUUCAAUAUAAAUCAACUGUUCAGGAAACCACUGCUAUACCUACAUAGCAAACAGUUCUUCGCUAACCCUUUGAACAUCCCUUGAUAAAGACUUUGUGUCUUGUCUUGUGUUGGCCUUUUCUCCAGUGAUGCCACAACGCCGUUUGUUCACCGCAACAACCGCAGACGAAACGGCGAGCUGCUUUAAUCUCGACCCGUGCUACUGUGCACUUUUUUUUUUCCAGCUCUUGACGGUCUCAUUUACCCCGGCGGCCCGUAAAGAAAUCACAGAAAAGGACAAUCAUUGUCACAAUCACUGGCGCAACCGUGAAUGAAGUCGUUCCACCGCCAUCACCAUAUGCUAAAUAUAACCGGCUCUGCGAGGAGCCAAACGGAACCAGCCGGGCCACCGGGUGACUGCACAGUCUGAGCCAGAUGGUCGCACUCAGCGCCUUUUGAGACGGCCGGAGGAGAACCGGGCCUGAAUUUUGCCUCAAAAGGGGGGGGGGGGGCGCGGCGCCAAGUGUCUUUGAAGUUCAAUCAGCGCCGAGCGGCACAAAAGCAUAUUAAUGGCCUCCUCUUCACCCGCGUUCACAAAAGCCUUUUCCAAGGAAUAUCCCCACCGCCAUCUGCAUUUUCUCCCCCGCGCGUGUGAGGGGGCGUGAAAGGGAUCAGGCCAUUUCGGUUACCAUGGUUAUACGCGCGCUCUUUUGGCUCGGCUUGAUUGUCAAGAGUGUGGCCAAAAAAAAAACAAAAAAAAAGAUGGGGAAGGCAUUGAUGGAUUAUGAUGGGGGGUUGUGGUGAAAUUCAUCAAAAGUCUUUAAAUAUUUAUAAGUUGCUGCACACCGUUCAACGCAACUACAUAGUGAUAAAAUGAUGCAAUAUUUUACACACAAAACACCGAUCAUGGGAAUCAGCUAAGGGCGGUUCUCAGUACACAACCUUCUCCGAGAAGCACACGCUAUCUGCCACCACAACACAAACUCUUUUAUAAUAAAAGUAUUUUCAGGUGACAAAGGAGCAGAUAUCCGCUUAUCACACAAAAUAGCAGCUUGUUUGGCUUUGUGCUGACCAAGGCCACCAGCGUGUUCUUCAACAAGUGAAGGGCGGACGAAGCAAAGCAGAGGCAAUUAGGACAUUUUAUUUCAGCUGCAGCCGGAGACUUGCCCCUUUUGCAGCGGAAUUACGGAGGUGGUAGAAACCAUUUCAUUAAAGUCGCAAUAAUACAAUCCGUUUAUUCCCCCAGUGGGACAGAAGUUGUUACGGCUGAACUAUCCCUUUCCCUCAGAGACACGGCGCCGCCUCCUUCGGUUCUACGCACGGGACCACCGUGUGAGAGACGUCUCUGAAUCACUAAGCGCUCUCAUGACUCAAUCCCAAACCAUCUCAUUCACCACGGCCCGCUCUUUAGUCCCGGGAGCGACCGGGAGGGGGAAGGAAAAGAGGCCCGCUGUCUAAUUGGCACUAUAUGUUGGACAAAAGGCCUCGCACAGGCUGAUGCUUAGAGUGCUGCGGCGAUGACGAGGUUAGCAGCCCACUGGUUCCUUCGACAAAGGGCCAAUGGGAUCGUUCCAUUGUCCAAGUCCGCUUAUCAUACUUUUUUUUUUUGUCACAAGUACACUUUCACGAGUGCAAGAAAACAGGAAGCCAAUGUGUAUGAACAAACCGCACCACGGUCACAUGACUUCUCGUUUCCACCACUAAGCUCCAGGCCAAAGGGUUCCUGAUGAAUUCUAGGAGCUUCAUUGGGCAACUUGUUACCAGCCGCCUUUUUUUAAAGAAACUUGAAGAUUCACAAGAGGGGUUUUCACUGCUGCAGUUUGUAUCGUUAAAAGUUCCAAUCUCUUAAGCACAGAUGUUAUUACAGGCAUCAAACCCAUGGACUUCGAGACGAGCAAAAGCUUCCAUUUCAGGGUUUAGGAAUCAAACUCGCAGCUUAUGGAAGAAGUGUUGUCACUGUCAAAAAUGCACGAAAGUUUUAACUCGAUGUAAAUGAGAAACAAAAACGUACUGUCAGCUGUAAUGAAAGCAACUGCACAGGCUUCUCUACAUAUUUUUAUGUCCAACACUGCAUAGAGAAUCAGGAAAUGAGCUCGCACUACGUGAAUAUAUCUAUAGGAACGCACACUGUCAUGUGGGCUUUUCUUCUCAAUGGAACUGAACAGCAGUCAUCUCAAUACCAAGAAUCUUAUUUUUAAUUAAAUGAAACCAGUAAAACAUGAUUGUUCCUCAUUGUUUAAAUGCAACAGCUUGGUUGCAUUUAACAUUUUGUCUUCACAGCCUCUAAUUAGUGUUUCAACGAGUCAUUGAGAUGUUAUUAGACUUUUAAAUAAUAUGCAGAGUGACUUUAUAGGAGUACAGGUCCAACCGGAGGUUUUGUUUGC